AAAAUCACAUGUCUUAAUCAUACUACUACUGAAAAAAUCAAGAAAACCAACUCCUUUGUCUCAGGUAAGAACUUUUCUUCAGAUCUCUUUGGUUUCUUUGUUUUUCUAACAGUCUUAGGUGAUUGUUGUAGUUGGUGGGUUUUGUUUAAAGAGACCCAAAAAAUGGCAGGAGGAGGAGGAGUUAAUAGGAAAAUAUCAGCUGCAUCAGCAAGAGCUCACACUAGAAGAGCCAAGCAAAACACUUCCUUCAAGCUUCCUUCAGGGAUAUUCACGAAGAUACUAUUGGUCUUGUCUGUGGGGAUUUUGGCAUGGGCUUAUCAGGCCAUUCAGCCGCCUCUACCCAAGACAUGUGGCUCUCCAGAUGGUCCACCUGUCACAGCAUCAAGAAUAAAGCUGAGGGAUGGAAGACAUUUGGCCUACGAAGAGCAUGGUGUUCCCCGAGAUGCAGCGAAGUAUAAAAUUGUCUCUGUCCAUGGAUUUGAUUGUUGCAGGCAUGAUGCUGUUGUUGCCCAUAAUCUCUCACCGGAAAUUGUUGAAGUAUUGGGGGUCUACAUUUUGUCUUUUGACAGACCAGGUUAUGGAGAGAGUGACCCUAAUCCAAAACGAACAGUAAAGAGCAUGGCUUUGGAUAUAGAAGAGCUAGCUGAUCAAUUGGGACUAGGAUCCAAGUUUUAUGUAAUUGGAUUUUCGAUGGGGGGGCAGGUGAUUUGGAGCUGCCUCAAGUACAUCCCUCACAGGUUAGCAGGGGCAACUUUGGUAGCGCCAGUUGUUAACUACUGGUGGUCUGGUUUUCCUACAAACUUAUCUAAAGAAGCAUAUCAGCAACAGUUACCACAAGAGCGAUGGACACUUCGUGUGUCUCACUAUGCUCCCUGGCUUACCUACUGGUGGAACACUCAAAAAUGGUUCCCUAGUUCUAGUGUUAUUGGUCAAAGUGCUGAUAUUCUUUCUACUGAGGACAAAAAACUCUUGUCAAAGAUAAUCUCUACUAGGAAUCAUGUGGCACUAGUAAGACAGCAAGGUGAAUAUGAGUCCCUGCAUCGUGACCUGAUAAUUGGAUUUGGAACAUGGGAAUUCUCUCCCAUGGAUCUGGACAACCCAUUUCCUAAUAACGAGGGCUCUGUUCACCUGUGGCAUGGAGAUGAGGAUGUGCUUGUGCCUGUUACAUUGCAACGCUACAUUGCCCAACAACUCCCAUGGAUUCACUACCACGAACUACCCGGUGCUGGACAUAUGUUUCCACUUGCUGAUGGGAUGACGGAUACUAUGAUAAAGGCACUUUUGGUGGGAGAGAAGUAGUCUGCCUUUAUAGGUUUUGUUCCUUAUCCCAUUAUGACCCAUUAUAAGUUGUAACCAAUAUUGAUGCAUGUCACUUUUCAAUGGUUGACUUUACAGUUCUACAAGGGACUGGAAAGGAUGUAUUUACCUAGUUUGAACAGAGACAGAAAGAGGAUUGAAGGGGGGGGGGGGUUGUUUAAGAUACUGCAUUUUCUAAAAUAUCCUUUUCCUUACUAAUGUUUUAAGUUGUUGAAAUUUAGCAUAUCAUGAUAUCAAGUAUGCUUGCUAAAGGUAGCUGCAUGUGUUACGGUCUUGGAGUGAAGUCAGGAAUUUCACAUUGGUUGAGUACUAGAGUUGAUCUUGGGAUAUAAGGGUUCACACCGUCUUUUCUUUGUGAGGUGUUUUUUGUAGAAUAAAAUUAUGAGGUUAAAAGGGUCAGAGCGGACAAUACUUCAUAAGAGUGUGAAUCAUGACCUGGAGGUUGAGUCUCAACUCGUGAUAAGUGGUAUCAGAGCUAACUUUGAGGGUUCUAACGAUGUGUUACAGAGGACGGUGAGCCCUCGUUAGAGUAAGAGAAGAUGUCACGGUCUAGAGUUGAUCUUGGGAUAUAAGGGUUCAC